UUCAACCUCCCCGCGACAAUCUUUUCGACAUUCCCAACAACUCAUCAUGGUAUGUGAACCGCUGCUAGAAUUGUCUGCAUCUGCAUCCCAACCUAACCUCUGCACAGCCUCAAAAUGAGUAUAUGGACCGGUGGCGAAAGCUGCACGGUCGCAGGCUCGACCACGAGGAACGAACACGCAAGAAGGCCGCUCGAGAGGGACACAAAGCUUCAGAAGAUGCGCAGAAACUUACUGGAUUGAGAGCGAAGUUGUAUCAGAAGAAGAGACAUCAUGAGAAGAUUCAAAUGAAGAAGCAGAUCAAGGCCCAUGAGGAGCGCAAUGUCAAAUCUUCCGCACCCAACGAGCCAUCCACGACGCCACUCCCACAAUAUCUUCUCGAUCGUUCGAAUCCCACGAAUGCCAAGGCUUUGUCUAGUGCGAUCAAGAACAAGCGCGCGGAGAAAGCAGCGAAAUUCAGUGUCCCUCUACCCAAGGUUCGAGGUAUCGCUGAGGAGGAGAUGUUCAAGGUCGUCAAGACUGGAAAGAAAACUGCAAAGAAGGGAUGGAAGAGAAUGAUUACAAAGCCUACAUUUGUCGGACCAGGUUCGUGCUCGAUAAAUUUCUCUUGUUUCUGGAAAUAUCUUUGAACAACAAAAGUGGAUUUGUAUAAUCUGUGCUAAUUUAUAUCCUACAGAUUUCACAAGAAGACCUGUCAAAUACGAGCGUUUCAUCCGACCUAUGGGUUUGCGUUACAAGAAAGCACACGUAACACAUCCAGAACUCGGAGUUACAGUCAAUCUUCCAAUCAUUUCAGUCAAGAAGAACCCUCAAAACCCAAUGUACACACAACUCGGUGUUUUGACCAAGGGUACCAUCAUCGAGGUCAAUGUCAGUGAUCUGGGGUUGGUUACUGCUGGAGGCAAGGUCGUUUGGGGUAGAUGGGCUCAAAUCACCAACAACUGUGAGAACGAUGGAUGUGUCAAUGCGUAAGUUUUGAGCAAUACUCCGAUUUGAGUAUUCUAGUAGCUAACUGUUGCAGCGUUCUUCUUGUUUAAUGUAGAUUCGAUUGUGUAGUAGGUCUUUUGGCAUUGGCACGGAGUUUGAGGAUUGGAGUUACGGAAGAAUGAGAGUACCAAACAGGU